AUGAUAUUCGUGCAAACCUACUACGAACAGGGUGAGGUCUCCAACUGGCUCGAUGCUAUUUCUGGGGAUAACGGAAACAUCGACCCAAGGACACUCGAAGUCCAUCAAGUAAUCACCAUCGACCAUAAUACCCGCCACCAUGACCAACCCUCUCCGUCCCAACAACAGCCAUCUCCCCAGUCAUCCCGUCGCUCCUUCGACCCACAAGCCCUAGGUCCAUUAAAGCUGGAGCACGGACCUCCAUUCCCGAGAUUCCUUAGUAUGGCAUCUCUUCGUCGGCUGUAUGAUCGAAUCGGCCAAUCCGACAGAAUGCCGACAUUCACUGAUUUCUGCAACGAAGAAGAAGACUCAGUCUCACUGGCCAUGACUGCGACUGACUCGGAGUACGAAAACAGCUUUCUCGCAUUCUGUGGAGCUUUACCACCACCGUCCGAGGAAUCCUCUACAGUCAUGUCUGCUUCCUCAUCACUGUCGUCCUCUUCGGUAACCAACCACGAGUCCCAGUGGUUGCCUCUUGUGGUUGCGCGAGUCGUAUCGAGCAAAGCCCGCAGAGCAUGUCGGGCCAUGAAGAAGAGGUUUUCUCGGUGA